AACUUAUUUAAAUUAGAGUUAAUGAAGAAAGUGAAAAGCUUUACAAUAAUUCUGUUAGUAUCAUUUGUAUUUGAGUUAAAAGUUCUAUGCACUGAAAAAAAGGAAGUUAUCCAAUCAGGUCACUUAUUAGGUAAUGCUAUGAGAAAUGGUAAUUAAUGGCCUGCUUAAAUCCUUUGUAUUUACUCCACUUUGUGAAGAAAGUAAAAACUCUUAAGUGAUAAUUUGAUGUAUAUUGGUCUUGUAUUGAUAGUUUUUAUGGAAAUGCCAGUAACCAUUACAUGAGCUUAAGAGUUAUUAAGACAAGUAAAUAUCAACACCGAAGUGGUAAAAUUAGAGUCUGGCAGUCUGAUUUCAAUGCCGACGUAAGUUUGUGAUAAGCAAUAAUGCUAAAGUUAUUUGCUUUAUAGGAUGAUCAAGCAUUCUGAUGCUGCAGUUGGAUAUGCUAAGUUUUAAGCAAAUCCAACCAAUCUAUUGAAAGACGAUGUUAUUUUAGCUAACUAAAAUAAGUCUUUUAACGAUUACUAAGGCCAAGAACCUAAGAUCGAGAGGUUCUAGGUAUUAAUGUCACUGAUUUUUCUACCAAAUUGAGGAUAUAAAAAGAAAAUCAUCUCCAACAAAGAAUUGAAGAAUCCUCAUAAAUUCGAGUUUGCGUGAUUUCCCUAAAAUUCAAAAGUAAGGUAAUCAAACUAGGCACUUGACACGAUACUAAAUUUCCAUUGACUAUGACUAUCGGAAAAAAUGAACCUUUACCGGCGAAGAUCAUUGACCUGUUUGAACUUUGAAGUAGAAACUCGCAUGUGACAUGUAUCUAACUAGACUUGUAGUGUAAUAUUAUGGCACUUACCUUUCCUUGUGCAGCUCCAGAAGCGGUUGAGAAACCAGGUGACAAUUCCCUAUCAAAACUUAAGAUGUUAUACACUCAAGCCAAAGAGCUUUCCGAAAGUGAGAUGAGUAUCUCCAACCAGUUGUUAGGCCAGCUGGAUGCAAUAAUCCCUGCAGGAGGUGCUGGGCAACAACGAAGAAGGAUAGAAGGCAACGAGCAGAAAAAGAAGAGGAUGAAAGGUGACUCCGACAUUCCAAGGCUCUCUCCUUCCGUGCGAAAUCAGCAGGAUUUCUUUGCUAGCCUGAAGGGUGAACAAGUGGCUGCUAGAGUCGCGCAAGAAGAUGGUGAAAAGGAUGAGUGGGUCAUUGUUAAAGUUACUCAUUAUGACAAAGAAUCAAGGAAAUUUGAAGUUCUAGAUGAGGAGCCAGGCGAUGAUGAGGAAGGCGGUGGCCAGAGGUAGCCUUACAAUUGUCUUUGGACAUCUAUUGAUUGUUUUUGCCUAUUUACAUUUUGAUUGUGUGCUUUCCUUUUGAUUGUUUGUGCAUU